AUGGACCUCGCCGCGGCCGCGGAGCCGAGUGCCGGCUCUCAGCACCUGGAAGUCCGGGAUGAGGUGGCGGAGAAGUGCCAGAAACUGUUUUUGGACUUCUUGGAGGAAUUCCAGAGCAGUGAUGGAGAAAUAAAGUACUUGCAACUAGCAGAGGAGCUAAUCCGUCCCGAGAGAAACAUGUUGGUUGUGAGUUUUGUGGAUCUGGAACAGUUCAACCAGCAGCUUUCCACCACCAUUCAAGAGGAGUUCUACAGAGUUUACCCUUAUCUUUGUCGAGCCUUGAAAACCUUUGUCAAAGACCGGAAAGAAAUCCCUCUUGCCAAGGACUUUUAUGUUUCAUUCCAAGACCUGCCUACCACACAUAAAAUUCGAGAACUCACUUCAUCCAGAAUUGGUUUGCUCACACGAAUCAGUGGGCAGGUUGUCCGAACUCACCCAGUUCACCCAGAACUCGUCAGUGGGACUUUCCUGUGCUUGGACUGCCAGACGGUGAUUAAGGAUGUAGAGCAGCAAUUUAAGUAUACACCACCAAACAUCUGCCGAAAUCCAGUUUGUGCCAAUAGGAGGAGAUUCUUGCUAGAUACAAACAAAUCAAGAUUUGUUGAUUUUCAAAAGGUUCGUAUUCAAGAGACCCAAGCUGAGCUUCCUCGAGGGAGUAUCCCGCGCAGUUUGGAAGUGAUCCUGAGGGCUGAAGCCGUGGAGUCAGCUCAAGCUGGUGACAAGUGUGACUUCACAGGGACGCUGAUCGUUGUGCCUGAUGUCUCCAAACUUAGCACGCCAGGAGCACGCGCAGAAACCGAUUCCCGCGUUGGUGGUGUUGACGGCUAUGAGACAGAAGGCAUUCGAGGACUCCGGGCCCUCGGUGUCAGAGACCUUUCCUACAGGCUCGUCUUUCUGGCCUGCAGUGUUGCCGCAACCAACCCACGGUUUGGAGGGAAAGAGCUCCGAGAUGAGGAGCAGACGGCUGAGAGCAUUAAGAACCAAAUGACUGUGAAGGAGUGGGAGAAAGUGUUCGAAAUGAGUCAAGAUAAAAAUCUGUAUCACAAUCUGUGUACCAGUCUAUUCCCCACGAUACAUGGCAAUGAUGAAGUAAAACGGGGUGUGCUGCUGAUGCUUUUUGGUGGUGUUCCAAAGACAACAGGGGAAGGGACCUCUCUUCGAGGGGACAUAAAUGUUUGCAUUGUUGGUGACCCAAGUACAGCUAAGAGCCAAUUUCUCAAGCACGUGGAGGAGUUCUGCCCAAGAGCUGUCUACACCAGCGGGAAAGCUUCCAGUGCCGCUGGCUUAACAGCAGCUGUUGUAAGAGAUGAAGAAUCUCACGAGUUUGUCAUUGAGGCUGGAGCAUUGAUGUUGGCUGACAACGGAGUGUGUUGUAUUGAUGAAUUUGAUAAGAUGGAUAUACGGGAUCAAGUUGCUAUUCACGAAGCUAUGGAACAACAGACCAUCUCUAUCACUAAAGCAGGAGUGAAGGUUACAGAUUAUGCUAUUGCCAGACGAAUAGUCGACUUGCAUUCAAGAAUUGAAGAUUCUGUAGCUCGUGUCUAUUCCCUUGAUGAUAUCAGGAGGUAUCUUCUCUUUGCAAGACAGUUUAAACCCAAGAUUUCUAAGGAGUCAGAGGACUUCAUUGUGGAGCAGUAUAAACGUCUCCGCCAGAGGGAUGGUUCUGGAGUGACCAAAUCCGCGUGGAGGAUUACAGUGCGCCAGCUUGAGAGCAUGAUCCGACUCUCGGAAGCCAUGGCCCGGAUGCACUGCUGCGAUGAGGUCCAACCCAAACACGUGAAGGAAGCAUUCCGGUUACUGAAUAAAUCAAUCAUCCGUGUGGAAACGCCUGAUGUCAAUCUAGACCAAGAAGAGGAGACACACAUGGAAGCAGAUGAGGGCCCAGGCCAGGCUGAGAUCCCCACUCCUGUGAAUGGACUCAGCGGUCAUGUGGAGGACAUAAACCAGGAGAGUGUCCCCAAAGCCGCCCUAAGGCUGAAUUUCUCUGAGUACUGCCGAAUCUCUAACCUUAUUGUGCUUCACCUCAGGAAGAUGGAAGAAGAAGAGGAUGAGUCAGCAUUAAAGAGGAGUGAGCUUGUUAACUGGUACUUGAAGGAAAUUGAAUCAGAAAUAGGUUCUGAAGAAGAACUUAUAAAUAAGAAGAGAAUCAUAGAGAAAGUCAUUCAUCGGCUCACGCACUACGAUCAUGUUCUGAUUGAGCUCACCCAGGCCGGAUUGAAAGGCUCCAGCGAUGGAUGUGAGAGCUAUGAAGAAGAUCCUUACUUGGUAGUCAACCCUAACUACUUGUUGGAAGAUUGAGGCAUUGAAAGUAACCACCCGGACCACGAAGCUCUCUGCCUCCUGGCCCAGAGCCCAGCAGAGCCCUGCUGUUGAGAGCACUGCUUUAGGAGGAAGGUUUCUUUCCGUAAGCACUGAGUCUCAACCCUGCCACGGGCUGUGAUGCCAUCAUCUGUUGUUGUGUAAGGUUCCUGCCCUGGUGAAGCGGACUCUCAAUCAAUACAUGUGUGGUUUUUAUAACCGAGACUUUAUUUUUCACAUGCCUGCAACUUUUCCUCUUGUGGUAGGUGCUAGGCUUAGUGGACAAAAACUUUUUUACUGCUGACCACUGUUGUUCUUCUUCAAUAAAGUGAAAUAAAUUGUU